AAGCUGUCUCGGAUCCUACUUUGUCCCCUCCCUGAGACCCUGCCGCAGGGAGCUGUGACUCUGGCCGCCACAGGUGCAGGUCCGCGAGGAUGAGCGCUCGUCCGCGGCGGCGGUGAUGGGGCUGGUGGACAUGAACGUGAGCGGCCCGGACAACGCGACGCUGCAGAUGCUGCGGAACCCGGCCAUCGCCGUGGCGCUGCCCGUGGUCUACUCGCUGGUGGUGCUGGUCAGCAUCCCSGGUAACCUCUUCUCGCUGUGGGUGCUGUGCCGCCACAUCGGUCCCAAGUCGCCGUCGGUCAUCUUCAUGAUCAACCUGAGCGUCACGGACCUGAUGCUGGCCAGCGUGCUGCCCUUCCAGAUCUACUACCACUGCAACGGCCACCACUGGGUGUUCGGCGAGGUCCUCUGCAACGUGGUCACCGUGGCCUUCUACGCCAACAUGUACUGCAGCAUCCUGACCAUGACCUGCAUCAGCGUCGAGCGCUUCCUGGGCGUCGUCCACCCGCUCAGCUCCGCGCGCUGGCGCCGCCGCCGCUACGCGCUGGCCGCCUGCGCGGGCACCUGGGCGCUGCUGCUGGCCGCGCUCUUCCCGCUGGCGCGCACGGAUCUCACCUACGAGGUGGACGCGCUGGGCAUCGUCACGUGCUUCGACGUGCUCAAGUGGACCAUGCUGCCCAGCGUGGCCAUGUGGGCCCUGUUCCUCUUCACCAUCUUCGUGCUCCUCUUCCUCAUCCCCUUCGUGGUCACCGUGGCCUGCUACACGGCCACCAUCACCAAGCUGCUGCGCACGGCCGACGGCGGCGGCCAGGACCAGGGCCAGCGGCGGCGCGCCGUGUGCCUGGCCGCCGUGGUGCUGCUGGCCUUCGUCACCUGCUUCGCGCCCAACAACUUCGUGCUGCUGGUCCACAUGGUCAGCCGGCUCUUCUUCGGCCGCAGCUACUACCACGUCUACAAGCUGACCCUCUGCCUCAGCUGCCUCAAUAACUGCUUAGAUCCCUUCGUCUACUACUUCGCCUCCCGCGAGUUCCAGCUGCGCCUGCGCCACUACCUGGGCUACGGCCGCCUGCCCAGCGACAGCCUGGACACGACGCGCCGCGACAGCCUCUUCUCCGCCAGGACGCUCUCGGCGCGCUCCAUGUCCGCCGGCCCCGCGGACGCGCUGCAGGGCACCGGCCGGCCCGGCCUCAGGAGGCAGGAGAGCCUCUUCUGAGCCUGGGAGUGACCUUUGCAAAAGGUCCAGCGGGGACACGCCGCACCCUCCACGGCCACCCUGGAGAUCUGCAGAGACCACCUGCUCCUUAUGGGAAGCCACUCAGGGGUCCCCAGGCCGCUGUGCCAUCCAGCCUUGCGUCUUCCUGCUCACGGAACCGAACCCCAGCGGCGGUAGUGGACACGGGGGC